AUAUAUAUUUUCUUAAUUUUUUAUUUGUGUGUUGAACAAAAUAAUAUUAUUAAUAUAUAACACAUUUAAAUCAAUCGUGCAUAUACUUAGCAACUUUAUAUCGUCAGUGUAGGAUUACAAAUAUUCAAAGUUAAAAGCUCGCAAGCUAGACAUUAGUCCAAUUGUAGCCUUUUAUUCAUAAAAUCGGAGAGAUUGUGUUACUUUGAAAUUACCCUAGUUCGCGGGUAUGACCGUUCUCGUUGUUUUUGGCGUCUAAUCUUUUUUUGUUAAGAACAUGAAUUCGCGGACUAUGAAAUUAAACCAUUUUCAAUAAUUGAGGUUUAAUGCCUUUUUAUAUUUAUAAUUUUGAACUCAAGAUCAACGAAAAUUAGUUCUAAAUGAAAAUACAGUAUGUAUCUUUAGCAAAUGUUAGUUUACCAGCUAAUAUUUCUUGACAACUUAUGGUAUCAAAAAUGUUAAAAUUAACAAUUGUUAUUUUUUACUGUUGUAGUUCAAGUGGCCAGGUAGAAAAGGUAAAAAGAAGCCUCCGAAACAUGAUCAACAUACAACGGACAAUCCGCCACCAGGGGGACCUGGCCUAGGCGCAGUUGGAGCCACUGCUGGAAAUUUAACGCAAGAUAGACUAAGCCCCAUGAAAACCCCGUGGAGGAAACUAGAAGGUAGCGGGAAAUGGACGAAAGAAUAUGCUGAAAAGCUUUUGGAUGACAUACAGAAACGCUGUGAUAAAGAAAAAGACAUUCCAAACAUUCGCAUUUUGCUUCUGGGAUCGGUAAGAGCUGGAAACUCAUCAUUUCUUAAUACAGUAGCAUCUAUUGAUAUAGGAAGAAUAGCACAGAUAACAAUUGCAGGAGGGGCGGAUGACAGUGUGACUUUUGCGCUGAAAGAAUACUGUCCAAAAGACAAAUUGAAGAACUUCCAAAUAUUAGAUACAAUGGGCGUGGAGGACACUAAUCAAGGAGGGCUCAAUCUUAAGGAUGUUUUAUACCUUGUUAAGGGUCACAUUCCACCUAAUUAUAAGUUCAAUCCUGCCACACCAAUUGAUGAAAAAGCAAAGAAUUCAGGUCAGAGCCAAAGGAUAGAGAGAAAAUUCAUUGCGUUGUUUUUGUGAUAGAUGCUACUGUCGCCGGGAAUGACAAUAUUUCAGAUGCAAGAAGAAAAAAAAAAUAAAAG